AGCUCCGCAACUGACCUCCAUGCACCGCUGCAUUUUCUUGCAUCUGGUUCACCUCCAUCACGCGCUAAAAAUAAAUUUGUUAGAUAAGAAGUCUCAGUUUUUUUUAAAUCAGUCAUUAGUUGUUGAGAAGCAUUUUGGGCGGUUUUACAGCAACGGGUCCAACACCUCCCCUCUUCAGUGGCAGCUUAAAAGCUUGAGAGAAAACCCCCGAGAUGCGUCAGACUGCGUGACAGAACCGAGCCGCUGUGAUGGAGAUCCUCCUCUCCACGUUUGUCUCCGCAGUUUUCCUCUGUGUGGUCAGUGCCAAGGACCACCGUGAUGGAAAUGUACACUGGUCAUAUUCAGGUGGAGCUUUGGAACAGAAGCACUGGGCAACCAAAUAUCCAGACUGUGGGGGAAGGAAGCAGUCCCCUAUAGACAUCCAGAGGCCMAACGUCAGGUACAACUCAAACAUGUUGCAACUGGAGCUGAGCGGAUAUGACCAACAGGGGACUUUCCUCAUGACCAACAACGGGCACUCAGUUCAAAUCGACCUCCCGCCUACCAUGAUGAUCACCAAGGGCCUGCCGGGGAAGUACACAGCUGAGCAGAUGCACCUGCACUGGGGAGACCCUGGGACCAGCGGAGCGGAGCACACCAUAGACGGCAUCCGCUACAUGGCAGAGCUCCAUAUUGUCCAUUACAAUUCUGACAAGUACAGAAGCUGUAAGGAAGCCCUAAAUAAGCCAGGUGGACUGGCAGUGCUGGCUUUUUUCUACGAGGAAAGCUUUUCUGAAAACACCUACUACAGUGAUUUUAUUUCAAACCUUGGCCGAAUUAAGUUCCCUGGUCAGUCCAUGUACGUCUCAAACAUCAACAUACGCUCCAUGCUCCCAGAGAGCCUCAAUAAUUUCUUCAGAUAUGAAGGGUCCCUCACCACUCCCCCCUGUUUCGAGAGCAUCAUCUGGACUGUGUUCGACACACCCAUCACUCUGUCUCUCAACCAGAUCAGGAAACUGGAGAGCACACUGAUGGAGACCGACGGCAAGACGCUGUCCAACAACUACCGUUUCCUGCAGCCGCUCAACAACCGCGUGGUUCAGUCUUCAUUCCUGCCUUGAUUUGAGAGAGGAAGAGACAGACGACACAGAUCCUGAACAGUUUCUCAGAAGUGACAUGAAAGCAUUUUUGAAAGAUGAUGGCUCACUUGAAUGAAGGGGGKUCACAGUCAGCAGACUCUUAAAUCGUCCUCAAGAGAAUAAAAUCUUAAUGAGAAAUAGAA